UCAUUAAUUGCAACACCCCCUGUCAUUAACAAUAAUAGUCUACAAAAAGUUGCUACAGUUCCCCGAUUAAAUAAUGUGAGACAACCAAGAUGGGUAAUGGUAGAAAGAUGGAGAUUUUUCAACAAGAAGAUUGGUAUAAAGUAUAUUUUGAAUGGGCGAAUCUUCGAAAUUGCAACUGUGUUGUCAAGGUAACAGGAUUCGACACUAAAACAGGUGAUAGAGAUGUCGAAUUAUUGAUUGACUUUAAUAACAUCACAUUUCCAAAAUCAAGACCAAAGCAUAAACACAGUUUCAUUGAGUUUUCAAUAUGUACAAAAUCACUUCGACAUUUGAUUAUUCAUGGAAUAUCUUGGCAAGAAGUGUAUAAAAAUUAUCAACGAAAAGAAGAAAAUAUGGAUGCUGUGGAAAAAAGAUUUUGGAAGCAUUUUUGUUCCAGCCUUCCAAAGAAGGCACCAAAGUGGGAAAACAAUGAAGAUUCAAAAGCAACAUCAAAGGCAGAAAAUACAAAGUCAAUGGAUGACUUGAUAAUUAGAAUUCGACAAGUGCUUGUACCUUUUCUUACGAUUGGUACAGUUUUAGCAGGAUGUUGGGUUAGAUAUACACUCAAAUAUUACCGCACAGAGACCUAAACAGAUAUAUAUUCAUAUGGCGUUGUGUAUCGAAUGAUUUAGUCUUCAUUGCUGCGUUGCUAGAAGCGACGAACCAAAAAUCAUUGAGAUUUAUAGGAUAAUUCUUACUUACUAGAAUAAUAAGUUGGAAAUUUUUCCAAACUUGAUUUUAUAACAGUAUAAAAUUUUUGCACCAGAGUUGUAAUUACUUAGCUAUGUAGUAUGAUAAACACAACUCUUUUCUAUGUCAUUUCCUUGUAGCUAGACAAAAUUACUGAAAAAGUUUUUUUAACAAA